AUGUCAUCAAUGUUUGAAAUAAAAUUAGGAGAACCUCGACCGAAAACAAGUUGGGUUUGGCCAUAUUUCGAAGUAAAAACUUUACAGGAUGGUGAAAGUGUAGCAACUUGUACUCUUUGCAAUAAAACUUUUAAACAUGGCGGAUCCACUUCAAAUUUAAUAAAUCAUCUGGCUAAAACUCAUAAAGUGUUCAAGCCUGACAAUAAUACAAGUAACGGUGGUCAUAACAAUAAUAAAAGAGGAAGUUAUAGUAGUGUUAGUGGCAUAAAUGAACUCGCUGCAAGUAAUUUCGGAGAUUUCUUAUUUGGAACUUGGUACGGUGAAGGAAGUGGUAGAUUUGAAGGAAUCAAUGAUUUUAUUUAUAAUGAAGAAAUUACCAUUUAUCCUGAUGAAGCUGGCAGAGGUUGGUUAUAUUAUAGACAGAAAACGUGGAAUCCCAUGAAAAACAAUUCGAAUUUUCACAGCGAAAUGGGGUAUAUUCGAACGCCUGGGAGUGAUAAAGUCGAAUUGGUUUUGGCUCAACCGACAGGAAUCGCUUCAAUCGAAGAAGGUAGAAUUGAUGGUACAACAAUCAUGUUUAGAUCAACUGAUAUUUCACGAUCUAGCACUACCAAGAUUCGAAUCGAAUCGGAUUCAGAUUUUUCAGAUUCGGAUUAA